ACUUAAAACGACAUCAGUUCUUGAGCAGAGCUAAUGGCGGGAAAAUCCUUGCUCUCUAGGGUUUAACUGUGUUUUCUCCAAAGACAAGACACUGAAGAAUUUUGCUGCCUUUUCAGAAUCCAAUCAGACAAUGCCAACGUACAGGAUCAGGGGAAUCGACGUUGAUUUCCCGUAUGAAGCCUACGAGUGCCAGCUCGUUUACAUGGAGAAAGUCAUCCAGUCACUCCAAAACAAAUGUAAUGCACUUUUGGAAAGUCCAACUGGAACUGGGAAAACUCUGUGUCUUCUAUGUGCUACAUUGGCUUGGAGGAAAAGCUUAGGUCCGUUUUCGACUGGUCAAGUUAAAAAGAAUGGCCGCACUGCGGGGAGCAAAUCUGACGAUACACCAUCAUCACCGUCGGCUUCUCAAGGUUCUAGUAAUCUUCCUACUAUUGUGUAUGCUUCCCGCACCCAUAGUCAACUCCGACAAGUUAUUCAAGAGUUGAAGCGGUCCGCCUACAGGCCCAAAAUGGUAAUAUUAGGAUCUCGGGAGCAACUGUGUAUUCAUGAUGAAAUCAGUUUACUACGUGGAAGAGCACAGACGCAUGCUUGCCAAUAUGUUUGCAGAAGGAAGGAAAAAAGGGGUCAAUGCAUUCAUUUUUCUAAGGUUCCAGGGUUUGUGGAGCGUAAUCCAUGUCUUGGGGAUGAACCGAUAGACAUAGAAGAUUUGGUUAAGAUGGGUAGAAGAUUUGGGCCGUGCCCUUUUCAUAUAUCAAGGGAACUCCACAAGGUGGUCGACAUUUUGUUUGCCCCUUAUAAUUAUCUUAUUGAUCCCAGCUAUAGAAAAUCUCUUAAAAUUGAUUGGGAGAAGAGUAUACUGAUAUUUGAUGAAGCUCACAACCUGGAAAGCUUAUGUGCAGAUGCUGCCUCUUUUGACUUAUCAUCUGGACUUCUAUCUGCUUGCAUUUCUGAAGCAAAAUCUUGUAUUGAGCUUUCUGUAGCAAGGAGGGAACAAGCAAAUGACAAAUCACACAAUCCAGAUAAUUAUGCUAUUCUCAAAGCAAUUCUUUUGAAACUUGAGAAACGGAUAACUGAAGUGCCUAUUGAGUCCAAGAACUUAGGGUUCACAAAGCCCGGGCCCUACAUCUAUGAAAUGCUUGCUGAUCUUAAUAUUACACAUGAUACUGCUUCUAAGCUCAUUGAUACAAUUGAGGAUGCGGCUCUACUAAUCGAGGAAGAUAAACAGAACAGGGCAAACAGUGCAGUCUUCAGGCUGGAAAGCAUUGGUGACAUCUUAAAAUUAAUAUUUAGGGAGAAGAACAAUGCUCAUGCACAUUUUUAUCGCGUGCAUGUUCAGGACGUUGAGGCAAGUGCUUCAGAUGCCCCGAAAGGUAAGGCAUCUAGAACUCUGAGUUGGUGGUGUUUUAGUCCAGCCAUUGCCAUGGAAGAGUUCUCCCGAUUGGGCGUUGGCUCUGUUAUAUUAACAUCUGGAACAUUAUCUCCCAUGGAAUCAUUUGCGCAAGAGUUGAAAUUAAAUUUUCCUAUUCGAUUGGAGAACCCUCAUGUCAUUUCCUCAAAUCAGAUUUGGGCUGGUGUUGUACCAACUGGCCCAUCAGGGCGGUCGUUUAACUCAUCUUAUAGAAAUCGUGAUUCAAUAGAAUACAAACAAGAACUCGGGAAUGCUAUUGUCAAUUUUACUCGAAUUGUACCCGAUGGAUUGCUUGUGUUCUUCCCAUCCUACUACCUCUUGGACCAGUGCAUUGCAUGCUGGAAGAAUGUUGGUCAUGCAAAGUCAACAACAAUAUGGGAAAGAAUAUGCAAACACAAGAAACCUGUUGUUGAACCUAGACAAUCUUCUCUGUUUCCUUUGGCAAUUGCGGACUAUAUGGCCAAGCUGAAGGAUACAUCAAGCUCUGGUGCCGUUUUUUUUGCUGUUUGUCGAGGCAAGGUUAGUGAAGGAUUAGAUUUUGCUGAUCAUGCUGGACGAGCUGUAUUGGUCAUUGGUAUGCCAUUUCCCGCAAGGAAUGAUCCCAAGGUUAGAUUAAAACGUGAAUUCUUGGAUGAACAGUUGUUCCAGCGAGAUGAUGCAAGCAAGUCGCGAUAUCUAUGCGGAGAAGUUUGGUACUCUCAACAGGCAUCAAGAGCUGUGAAUCAGGCUGUUGGACGUGUAAUUCGCCACCGCCAUGAUUAUGGAGCAAUUGUUUUCUGUGAUGAAAGGUUUGCACACUCCAAUUCCCAAUCCCAAAUAUCACUUUGGAUACAGCCUCAUAUCAAGUGCCACUUUAAAUUUGGGGAUGUGGUUUUUACAUUGAGCCGCUUUUUUCGAGAUGGUCCUAAUAUCAAAUCGAUAAAUAAUGAUGACACGGAAAAUGUGACAGAGGUGAAAACAUCAGAACCUGUUGACAAAUUUUACCUGGAUACUUUUCUUGCUGCGCCCACACCACCAGAUCAGAAUCGCAUUGCGAAAUCAUUUUCUUCUUUACCUGAAUUUAGAGGAGGUAAGGACUCAAUGCAACUGCAGGAGGUUCUUCCAGCCAAUCGUUCAUCUCUCACUACUUGCAAGGAAAAUCAUGAUAAUAAAUUGAAACAUUUGAGUGGUCUAAUUCAUAAUGAGAAAAGAUUGCUUAUUUCUGAGGGGAAAAGUAUAAAACAUGCAAAUCAGGAGAUAAUUGAUUUAACCAGCAAACCUUUAUUUGACAAAAUACCAAGCAGAGAGAACCUGUUGGUACCAUAUUCUGCAAAGAAGCGUAGAGUACUUGACUCAAAGCAUGAUUUGAUGGGGCGGUUUGCAAAUACUCAAGAGCAAACUUCUAGUUCCAAGAGUUCGCAUUCAAAUAGUACGCAUUUUCCUUCUAGUGCGGUGAUCAAAACAGAGCCCCCAAACACAUCAGAUAAUAAAAGCAGACAAAAUGCUCAAGUUGUUUCAGUACAGCCCUCUAAAGAUCAUGGUUUUGCACAGAAGGUUGGUUCUGGGUUUUGUAAUGAGGAAAACAAAGGUGUUCAAACCACUUUGGUGCAGUGCAGUGAUGAGGAAAAGAGAGGGUCUGCAUUCUUGAUUCAGGUCAAAGAGAAACUUACAACAUCGGAAUAUAAAGAUUUUGUGGGGUUUAUGAAGGCACUGAAGUCUAAAGCAAUGCAGAUAGGCAAUGUUCUAGAAUCUAUUGUGAAAUUGUUCUCUGGACCAGAUAGAUUUCCUCUUCUUAAAAGGUUCAAAGAUUAUAUUCCUGCAAAGUAUCAUUCUUUAUAUGAUCACUAUCUUGAAGGAACUAAUGGAACACUUGAAAACCAAACAUAAGUAAAUGGAGGAACUGUACAAUGUCAUCACCUAAAAACUGCCCAUCUAAAACAAGAUUCCCUUUUCUUGUUGCGGUAUAACCUUAAAUCUCAAGCUAGAAGACUUUUAGCAUGCAUGUAAUACUCCAUGGAUCAGGAAACUUUGCAUAUAUAUUGAUCGUGCUGAGCUGGUAAGAAACGUGCCUUUUUAAUCUUUAAAAAUGAACAGAUCUAUAUUGUGAGAGUGCAAAGUACAACACUUAUUAAUUGUAAUUUUGACAGUUAAAUUAUAUUUGAAGACGGCCUAAUCUUUACUUGAUGGUUUUAUUUAAUGGAUCACAUUGGCUGUUUGUAAAUAGUUUUGAAGAGCCAUGAGAAAUAAAGGUGCAAUUGUGUUCAA